AUGGAAAUAUCAUUCAAAGGAAAACGGAUUCUAGUUACUGGUGCUGGUCAAGGGAUUGGUCGAGGGAUUGCUGUAGAAUUAUGGAGAGCUGGGGCAAAUAUUGUAGCAUUAUCUAGAACAAGAUCACAUUUAGAGGCCUUACAAAGCGAAUAUCCUUCAAUUGACAUUGUUGAUGUAGAUAUAGCUGAUUGGGAAAAGACCCGUAGCAUAGUAGAAUCUUUGGGACCGUUUGAUGCAUUAGUAAACAAUGCUGCAAUUGCCAUAUGUGAACCUUUCCUUACAAGUUCUUCAUCCAGUUUUGAUAUGACUUUUGAUGUCAAUGUUAAAGCAGUUUUAAAUAUAAGCCAAGUUGUAGCGCGAAAAAUGAUAGAAAAAAAAAUCAAUGGGGCAAUUGUAAAUAUAUCUUCUCAAGCGUCUAAAGCUGCUCUACAAGAUCAUACAAUAUAUAGUGCUUCAAAAGCAGCUCUUGAUGCGUUAACCAGAGCAAUGGCCUUAGAAUUGGGACCGCAUGGAAUAAGGGUUAAUGCUGUCAAUCCUACAGUAAUAAUGACUGCCAUGGCGAAAGUUGGUUGGUCUGAUGAAAAGAAAAGCUCAGAAAUGCUAUCUAAGAUUCCAUUAAGAAGAUUUGGUGAAGUUCAAGAAGUGGUGAAUGCUGUAGUGUUCCUAUUAAGUGAGCGAGCCAGCAUGAUAACUGGUGUUGAAUUGCCAGUUGAUGGAGGAUUUCUAGCAACAUAA